AUGUUAGUUGAAAUCCCUAAAGGUAGUUCAGAUAAAUACGAAUAUAACUCUGUUACGAAAAAGUUAGAAUUAGAUCGAGUUUUGCCCGUUGCCAUGUAUUAUCCGGAAAAAUACGGUUUUAUUCCCGAAACAUUAGCCCUAGAUGGAGAUACAUUAGAUUGUCUUUGUCUAACGGAAAAUCCAGGAGGAGCAGGAAAUUAUGUGGAAGCAAGAAUUAUUGGGGUUUUAAGAAUGAUUGAUAACGGCGAGCAAGAUGACAAAUUAUUAGUAGUAGAUAUUGAUGAGCCCGAGUUAAAUUUUAUUCAAAGUUUAGAAGAUAUCCCUGAGGCUAGAAAAAAUAAAGUCAUUCAUUUUUUCUCUCAUUAUAAAGAUUUAGAUAAUAAGAAAGUAGAAGUAGGGGAAUUUGAGGGUAAAGAACAAGCGGAAAAAUUGCUAAAAAAAUGCCAAGAAUUAUAUAAAAAAUACCAGGACCUA